UUGACUUCUAUUUCUGUGGGAGAAGUGUGUUUCCAGUGAUAUUGACUAAGGUCUGUUUCUCCCUUGAUCCUACAAGAACUGAUCUCAGACCAGCUGAUAUGGACAGUCUUUUGUUUGUCUGCAGCAGCCGUCUGAUCCGAAAAAAUGAAGCUUGUUUUCCAGCAUGUUGUUGUUGGAUUCAUCCCGUCUUCUGUCGAGUAUGUGUCGUCUGUCGUGAUUGGUUAUGCAGGAUGGGGAUGGAUGAUGGGAGGCCGGAGAGAUGGACUGGACGUGCUCUCUCUCUCUCUCUCUCUCUCUCUCUCCCCCCCUUUCAAAAGUUGGCUUGGUUUUCUUAUUAAUACCAUAGACGCAUAAUCCCCCUGGUUGAUGUGCUCUCUCAUCAACACCAUGUUGAGCAUGGUGGAGGCGAAGCUGCCGCCAGGCUUCAGGUUCCAGCCCAGGGAUGACGAGCUCAUCUGCGACUACCUUGCGGCGAAGGUCGGCGGCAGGAGCUUCCAUGGCCGUCCUGCCAUGGUGGAUGUCGAUCUCAACAAGUGUGAGCCAUGGGAUCUCCCUGAUACUGCGAGUGUUGGGGGCAAGGAGUGGUACUUCUUCAGUCUUCGGGAUCGGAAGUACGCGACGGGGCAGCGAACCAACCGGGCGACCAUGUCAGGCUACUGGAAGGCCACAGGAAAGGAUAGGUCAGUCACUCGGAAGGGAUUGCUGGUUGGGACUAGGAAGACUUUGGUUUUCUAUCAAGGAAGAGCUCCCAAGGGACGCAAGACAGAUUGGGUCAUGCAUGAAUACCGCAUGGAAGGAUCUGCUGCAACUCCAACAUUUCCCUUCAAGGAAGAUUGGGUCCUCUGCAGAGUCUGCUGCAAAAGCAGAGGGAUCUCCACCGACGCAAGCAUGGAGACAAGCCUUGACGAUUCAAGCUCCCGAUCGCUCCCCGUUGUGAUGGGCAACCACAUCAGCUCUGGCCAAACCCCAGUCAACUUGGAGGGGUCUGAGCAGGUGACCUGCUUCUCCAACACAACUCAAAGCCACACAUCUCAGUGCCCAAACUUGGAUCCAUGGCUACCCGCAAUGGAGAGGGGCAUUCCCCUAACAAGAUGCUUGCCUUCCCUCAAUCCAGUUCUUUACCAGCGCACCAAGCUGGAGGGUGAUCCAGAGGGAGAGGUGGUACCAAGUUUGGCUGAAGGGAGCUUGGACGGUUGCUUGUCACAGAGUGGUCUGCCAUCAACUCGGAAUCCAUUUUUAGAUUAG